GCAGGUUCGGGGACUCGCUCCGAGGCGCUUGUAUUGUCUGCCGAGGGGAGACGCGGGAUCGGCCCCCUCCCCCGCCCGCUGCCGCCGCCGCCUCCGCCGGCCCGGUCUCCCCUCCGCCGCCCGCCGGGAUCCAUGAGCUGAACUCCCGCCCCCCGGCCGCCGCCAUCUUGUGCCCCCUCCCCCUCCCGCAGGCAGCGCUAAGGGGGAUUUUGGCGUCUCCUCAGACACAGCUCCCUCUCUCGGUCCCCGCUGCCGCGGAGCCAGAGGAGCGCGGCCGCCGCCCGCCCGCCCGCGCCGGUGAAGCCGCCGCUCCCACACCCUCCGUCUCCUCCCUCCGCCCCUCCUUUGUCUGCACCGCUCGACGACGCUGCCGCCGCCGCCGCCGCCGCCCGCGCGGGGACUGGAGGGAGCCGCUCGCGCCGCCGCCGCCGCCCGCCGCUCUGCUGCGCCCGCCGCGCCCCCCGGCAGCAGCCGCGGCCGCGGCGCGAGCCGGAGCCCGCCGAGCCGGAGCGCGACGAGGCCCGGGGCGCGCCCUCGCCGCCACCGCCGUGCCGCCGCCAUCCGCCCGCCGCCGCCGCCGCCGCCCGGCCCCCGAGCACGCCGGCCCCGCGCGCGCCUCGAGGCCGAGUCAAGAAACUAUGUUCCAACUUCCUGUCAACAAUCUUGGCAGUUUAAGAAAAGCCCGGAAAACUGUGAAAAAAAUACUUAGUGACAUUGGGUUGGAAUACUGUAAAGAACAUAUAGAAGAUUUUAAGCAGUUUGAACCUAAUGACUUUUAUUUGAAAAACACUACAUGGGAAGAUGUAGGACUAUGGGACCCUUCACUUACAAAAAACCAGGACUAUCGGACAAAACCUUUUUGCUGCAGUGCUUGUCCAUUUUCCUCAAAAUUCUUUUCUGCCUACAAAAGUCAUUUCCGGAAUGUCCAUAGUGAAGACUUUGAAAAUAGAAUUCUCCUUAAUUGCCCCUAUUGUACCUUCAAUGCAGACAAAAAGACUUUGGAAACACACAUUAAAAUAUUUCAUGCUCCAAACGCCAGCGCACCAAGUAGCAGCCUCAGCACUUUCAAAGAUAAAAACAAAAACGAUGGCCUUAAACCUAAGCAGGCUGACAGUGUAGAGCAAGCUGUUUAUUACUGUAAGAAGUGCACUUACCGAGACCCUCUUUAUGAAAUAGUUAGGAAGCACAUUUACAGGGAACAUUUUCAGCAUGUGGCAGCACCUUACAUAGCAAAGGCAGGAGAAAAGUCUCUCAAUGGUGCAGUCCCCUUAGGCACAAGUGCCCGGGAAGAGUGUAGUAUUCACUGCAAGCGAUGCCUUUUCAUGCCAAAGUCCUAUGAAGCUUUGGUACAACAUGUCAUCGAAGACCACGAACGCAUAGGCUAUCAGGUCACUGCCAUGAUCGGACACACAAAUGUGGUUGUUCCCCGAUCCAAACCCUUGAUGCUAAUUGCUCCCAAACCUCAAGAGAAAAAGGGCAUGGGACUCCCACCAAGAAUUGGUGCCCUUGCUUCUGGAAAUGUCCGGUCUUUACCAUCACAGCAGAUGGUGAAUCGACUGUCAAUACCAAAGCCUAACUUAAAUUCUACAGGAGUCAACAUGAUGUCCAAUGUUCACCUGCAGCAGAAUAACUAUGGGGUCAAGUCUGUAGGCCAGGGCUACAGCGUUGGUCAAUCAAUGAGACUGGGUCUAGGUGGCAACGCACCAGUUUCCAUCCCUCAGCAGUCUCAGUCUGUGAAGCAGUUACUCCCAAGUGGAAAUGGAAGGUCUUAUGGACUUGGGACAGAGCAAAGGUCCCAGGCACCAGCAAGAUACUCCCUGCAGGCCUCUAAUGCCUCUUCUCUCUCAUCAGGCCAGUUAAAGUCUCCUUCCCUCUCCCAAUCGCAGGCCUCCAGAGUAUUAGGUCAGUCCAGUUCUAAACCUCCCGCAGCUGCCACAGGUCCCCCCCCAGCCAAUACUUCCGCAACUCAAAAGUGGAAAAUUUGUACAAUCUGUAAUGAGCUUUUUCCUGAGAAUGUCUAUAGUGUGCACUUCGAAAAAGAACAUAAAGCUGAGAAAGUGCCAGCAGUGGCCAACUACAUUAUGAAAAUACACAAUUUUACUAGCAAAUGCCUCUACUGUAAUCGCUAUUUGCCCACAGACACCUUGCUCAACCACAUGCUAAUUCAUGGUCUGUCUUGUCCAUACUGCCGCUCAACUUUCAAUGAUGUGGAAAAGAUGGCUGCGCACAUGCGAAUGGUUCACAUAGACGAAGAGAUGGGACCUAAAACGGAUUCUACUUUGAGUUUUGAUUUGACAUUACAGCAAGGCAGUCACACUAACAUCCAUCUCCUGGUAACCACCUACAACCUGAGAGACGCCCCAGCUGAAUCUGUUGCUUACCAUGCCCAGAAUAACCCUCCCGUUCCUCCAAAGCCACAACCGAAAGUUCAGGAAAAGGCAGACAUCCCUGUCAAAAGUUCACCUCAAGCUGCAGUGCCCUAUAAGAAAGAUGUUGGAAAAACCCUUUGCCCUCUUUGCUUUUCAAUCCUAAAAGGACCCAUAUCUGAUGCACUUGCACAUCAUUUACGAGAGAGGCACCAGGUUAUUCAGACGGUUCAUCCAGUGGAGAAAAAGCUCACCUACAAGUGCAUCCAUUGCCUGGGUGUGUACACCAGCAACAUGACCGCCUCAACCAUCACUCUGCACCUGGUGCAUUGCAGGGGUGUUGGCAAGACCCAGAAUGGCCAGGAUAAGACCAACGCACCUUCUCGGCUCAAUCAGUCUCCAGGCCUGGCACCUGUGAAACGCACCUACGAGCAGAUGGAGUUUCCCUUGCUGAAAAAACGAAAGUUAGAUGAUGAUAGUGAUUCGCCCAGCUUCUUCGAAGAGAAGCCUGAGGAGCCUGUCGUUUUAGCUUUAGACCCCAAGGGUCAUGAAGAUGAUUCCUAUGAAGCCAGAAAAAGCUUUCUAACAAAAUAUUUCAACAAACAGCCCUAUCCCACCAGGAGAGAGAUUGAGAAGUUAGCAGCCAGCUUGUGGUUGUGGAAGAGUGACAUUGCGUCACAUUUUAGUAACAAACGGAAGAAGUGUGUCCGUGAUUGUGAGAAGUACAAGCCUGGGGUGUUGCUGGGCUUCAACAUGAAAGAGUUGAAUAAAGUCAAACAUGAGAUGGAUUUUGAUGCAGAGUGGCUGUUUGAAAACCAUGAUGAGAAGGAUUCCAGAGUCACUGCCAGUAAGACUGUUGACAAAAAGCUUCACCUUGGGAAGGAAGAGGACAGUUCCUCUGAUAGUUUUGAAAAUUUAGAAGAAGAGUCUAAUAGAAGCGGUAGCCCUUUUGAUCCCGUUUUCGAAGUUGAGCCUAAAGUCCCUAAUGAUAACCCCGAGGAACAUGUACCGAAGAUAGUUCCUGAGGAUGCUUUAGAACCUGAUGAGAAGCUAGACCAAAAAGAGGAGGAUGGUUCAAAGUACGAAACUGUUCAUUUGACUGAGGAGCCAGCCAAACUCAUGCAGGAUGCCUCUGACAGCGAGGUCGACCAAGACGAGGUCGUUGAAUGGAAGGACGAUGGGGCCUCGCCCUCUGAGAGCGGGCCUGGCUCCCAGCAGUUGUCGGACUUCGAGGAUAAUGCGUGUGAGAUGAAGCCAGGAACCUGGUCUGACGAGUCUUCCCAGAGUGAAGAUGCUAGGAGCAGUAAGCCGGCUGCCAAAAAAAAGGCUCCCAUGCAAGGUGACAGAGAGCAGUUGAAAUGGAAGAAUAGUUCCUAUGGAAAAGUUGAAGGGUUUUGGUCCAAGGACCAGUCACAGUGGAAGAAUGCAUCCGAGAACAGUGAGCGCUUAUCUAACCCCCAGAUUGAGUGGCAGAAUAGCACAAUUGACAGUGAGGACGGGGAGCAGUUCGACAACAUGACUGAUGGCGUGGCUGAGUCGAUGCAUGGCAGCUUGACCGGAGUUAAGCUGAGCAGCCAGCAGGCGUGAGUACCUGCCAAGGCCUCACCGUGACUCGCUGCAGCAGCGGGGACUCUUCUUUCAGUCUGACUGCAAAGCUCUUAACUGGUACCGCCUCAUGAGGACUCGUCAGCAGGCUGCGGGGACGCGG